AUGCUCCCGAGAACCAAGAGACCCGAGGCCGUCUCAUUCAGGGGCCUAGCCUCCGCCACCAACCUCCCACGCGUCGCGCAGCUCAUACAGAAGCGGCGGCAGACCGACCCCAGCCCUCGGCUGUGCGAGCGAUGCCAGGACUGGGACGUACCCGACUUCGCCGCCGGUCUCGGCUCGAAAGCCCACCACUACGUGUCGUUGGAGAGUAUCUCGCUCCGGUCGCCAACGUGUCUGUUUUGCCGCGCGGUCGCUGCGACUGUCGAGGCGCGACGGCGGGAGGAUGGGUGGUUACGUGCUUGCCCGGAUGCCUGCGUGUUUGUGACACUGCAGGGCCCUUUCUUUCUUGACGCGGGGCUGGCUGAGGACCAGAAGCACCGGUUGUUUGCUUCUUCUUUGGAUGAAGUUUCUGUGAGGUUGUUUCUGGAGUUGACUCUGAGUGCGGUGCCGGACGAGUCGAGGGCUCGGGCGUCGGUGCCGUCGCCCUUUGCGGUCACGCCGCAGUUCUUGUUUAGAUACUCGACGGACGAACCUCAGAGAUUGCAGGCAGUCGAAGAAUGGGAUGCUGAGUACUUUGAUGUCGAGACAUUAAAAGUUUGGAUCGACGGUUGCGAGAUUCUCCACGGCCACCACUGUGUAGGCAAGUACAAGUCGAUCAGCAGUCUACCAUUGGGGUUUCGGGUCAUCGAUAUCCACGAAAUGAAGAUUGUCAAGCCGCCAGGGCCGGUACGCUUCGUUGCUCUCAGCUACAUGUGGGAAGCUACCGAGGCAUCGGGACAUGCCCAGCUGGAGAAGACAAACGCCGAGGACCUGGAAAUCCCUGGGAGCCUCGCGUCAGUCACUCUACCACGCAUAAUUCUGGACGCUAUAGCCCUCUGUAGGGACCUCGGAGAGGGCUACUUAUGGGUGGAUCGGCUCUGCAUCAUCCAAGAUGACGAGCGGUCGAAGCCCGACCAGAUAGACGGGAUGGACCGGAUCUACCAGUCUGCAUCCUUUUCGAUCCUCGCCGCGUUGAAUGACCGCCGGGGAAACGGAUUUCCGGGAUAUGCCGGCAAUCCCAGGAGACCGCGGGCCUCGUUGUGGUGUCCGCCAUGGAACCGGAACGUUGGGAAGGGGAUUGACCCGAACGGUUUGCAAACGAUUGUCGACGCGUCCCUGUGGAACCGGAGGGGCUGGACGUUCCAGGAGAGGCUGCUUUCCAGGCGUAGUAUCUUCAUUACGGAGUACCAGGUCUUGUUCCAGUGCUGUCGUGGUCACGCCGCUGAGGAACUGGCCUGGGGACGAGCGCGGCAAGGUGUUCCUACACCUGUGCCCGACGAGGAUGUAGAGCAAACGCAAGCAGAAGAGCCCAAUGAUGAGCACGACUCACAAACUCAUCACACGGGCCAGACAGAUGUCGACGAAGCGGCAAACGGGGACAAGACACAUUGCAUACCCAACAUCCCCGGCUUCUACCGUCGAGCGCUCCACAGCAAGGACGCACCAGUCAAGCUGAGAGGCCAGGUAUCGCUAGCAAACUACUGCCAAUGGGUCGAAGACUACACGUCGCGGCAGCUCUCCCGUGAAGCAGACGUCCUCAACGCCUUUGCGGGCAUCGGCAACGCCGUGGGGGAAUCCAUGCGCACCGAGAUGACCUUUGGCCUGCCGGAGAUGUACCUCCCACAGACGCUCAUGUGGAGCCACACGGGCGCCGUCCGAUGUAGAGAUGAUGGAGGCCUGGGGAUACCGAGCUGGAGCUGGGCGGCGUGGUCGUCAGUCUCGGGAGGGAGUGCCGCAAGUUAUCGGUGGAUUCACGGCGAUGCGCGGCUUUUUGACACCAAGCUUGUGCGGAUCGUGACGCUGGUGCAGUUUUACAUGUACGAUACCAGGCGGGCUGCUGAAAAGUCUGGAGACGGCGAUGGGCUGCUGCGCAAGGUGCGAGUGACGGAGAGGUGGCUGGGCAGCUCGAUGCGGCUGACCAAGGUGAGCGGGAUCGAGAAGCUGCCGCCCUUGCAGAGGAAGAUGGCCGGGGGCAAGUUCAACGUCUCGGCGGAGACUGACGAGAAGUACGCCGCCAUGUGGCGGGAGUGUCCGCACAGUCCGUGGGAGGCGCUCGCGCACGCGGAGCUCGAACCGGGGGCUGUUGAGAUCGCGCUUGACUUUCCCGGGGCCCUUGUGUUUAAUACGACUGUUGCCUCGUUGAGAGUUGGGCGGGAUCGGAAGACUAUCGGGGCGAGAGGGGCGCAGGGGCAACAUGAGGAUGCUGAGAUUUUGGAUAUGAUGGGGAGGCAUGUUGGGUAUUUGGAUAAGAUGGAUGCUCAGUGGAUUUCUGGACGGAAGGGGGUGAGGGAUCGGAGGAAGCUACUUGAUUUCAUUGUUGUCAGUGCCUCUGUCGAUACCGAGGUCAGCGAGAGUAAUGAGUGGGCGUUUAUUGAGGGGCAGUUCCACGAGAUGUGGCGGUUCAAUGUCAUGCUUGUUGAGCGGCUGCCGUGUGCACCGUUUGUUGCGCGGAGGGUCGGGGUGGGAUAUGUAUGGCUCAGUCAGUGGAAGGACUGUAAUGCUCGCUGGGAGACUGUGGUUCUCUGCUGA